UGACCGGGACGGCUAGGCCCGCGCGCGGCGGGGGCAGCGGCAGACGCCUGGCCACCGUGACCCCAAUUUUGGAUUUACCGCUCGGGGGGUGGGGGGAACCUGGAUUUAACUGGCGACUGUUUUGGGGGACGCCGGACGCCAUGUUGUGGAAAAUAACCGAUAAUGUCAAGUAUGAAGAGGACUGCGAGGAUCGCCACGACGCGAGCAGCAAUGGGAACCCGCGCCUGCCUCACCUCUCCUCCGCCGGGCAGCAUCUCUACAGCCCCGCGCCGCCCCUCUCCCAUGCUGGAGUCGCCGAAUACCAGCCACCACCCUACUUUCCGCCUCCCUACCAGCAGCUGGCUUACUCGCAGGCAGCCGACCCCUACUCGCAUCUGGGAGAAGCGUACGCCGCCGCCAUCAACCCCCUGCACCAGCCGGCGCCCACCGGCAGCCAGCAGCAGGCCUGGCCGGGCCGCCAGAGCCAGGAGGGGGCUGGGCUGCCCUCGCACCACGCGCGCCCGGCCGGCCUCUUGCCCCACCUCUCCGGGCUGGACGGCGGCGCCGUGAGCGCCCGCAGGGACGCCUACCGCCGCUCGGACCUGCUGCUGCCCCACUCGCACGCCCUGGACGCCGCGGGCCUGGCCGAGAACCUGGGGCUCCACGACAUGGCGCACCAGAUGGAGGAGGUGCAGAGUGUCGACGACCAGCACCUACUUCUGCAUGAUCAGACGGUUAUUCGCAAAGGUCCUAUUUCAAUGACGAAGAACCCCUUGAGUCUCCCUUGUCAGAAGGAGCUGGUGGAGGCUGUGAUGAAUCCCAGCGAGGUCUUCUGCUCGGUCCCUGGAAGAUUGUCCCUCCUCAGCUCUACAUCUAAAUACAAAGUGACAGUUGCUGAAGUCCAGAGGCGACUGUCCCCGCCUGAGUGCUUAAAUGCCUCAUUACUGGGAGGUGUCCUCAGAAGAGCCAAAUCUAAAAAUGGUGGCCGGUCCUUGCGGGAGAAGUUGGACAAGAUUGGGUUGAAUCUUCCAGCUGGGAGACGGAAAGCUGCUCACGUCACCCUCCUAACAUCUUUAGUAGAAGGUGAGGCUGUUCAUUUGGCUCGGGACUUUGCCUAUGUCUGCGAAGCAGAAUUUCCUAGUAAAUCCGUGGCCGAGUAUUUAACCAGACCUCAUCUCGGAGGACGGAAUGAGAUGGCAACUAGGAAGAAUAUGCUGCUGGCUGCACAGCAAGUGUGUAAAGAAUUCACCGACCUUCUCAAUCAAGACCGAACUCCCAAUGGGAACAACCGGCCCACCCCGGUCCUGGAGACCAGCAUCCAGAACUGCUUGUCUCAUUUCAGCCUGAUUACCCACGGGUUUGGCAGCCAGGCCAUCUGUGCUGCUGUGUCUGCCGUGCAGAACUACAUAAAAGAAGCCCUGAUGGUCAUAGACAAAUCCUACAUGAAUCCCGGAGACCAGAGUCCAGCCGAUUCCAGCAAAGCCCUGGAAAAGAUGGAGAAGCACAGGAAGUAAAACGGGGGCGAACAAAGGGCCGAAGAGUCUGGAAGGAAAAGGACUCCAAAACCGGUUUCGACCAGGACAAACUGGGAACCCCGCUUGCCUGGGGGACAGAGUUUGUUAUCCACCUUCCCAUGAAAAGGGCCUCCAUCAAUUUCCAGAUCUUCACGUGCCCUCCUGGAUUCCUUAGUAUUUAAGGAGUGCUGAAGUGUCUCCUAAACUCUGGAUGAGCUAUCAGGAGGUGACAAGUGCUGGUUCUUUACCCGUUAAGCUGAUAUUUUAUUUUUUGGAACCCCAUUCUUCCUUUCUCUGAAAGUGGUGCUACAAGUUUUGGAAGCUUUUGAAUAAAUUCCCUGGGCUAACAAAAACCCCCACACACAUAGCUGUUGAAAUGUCAAAUUGAUGUGAUUCAGAUCCACAGUAACGUUCAGUGUUAAAGUAAAAGUAUUUAUGUACCCUCUUCAGUCUCAUCCUACAUACCGCAGGAGGCAAGGAUUCUAUCCGCUUAAGAACUGGUUAAUAGGUGAUAUUUGACACACUUUAAAUCCCUUGUUCACAGGGACCCUUCGGGUUUUACGAAACUUGUAGAAGCAAAGCCUGCUGAUGAUUUUAUGUUUUUCUUUUUAAGAAAAAAACAAAACAAAACUUUGAAAGUUAACUCUUCAAAUAGGAGGAGACUUUGAAAAGACAUGUUCCUUUAAGGUACGGAAGCUUUAUUUUGCGUAUUUAUUUCACAUCUUGGUGUUUCGAGAAAACUUGAAAAUGGGUGGGCAUGAAGCAUUUUUUUUUUGCUGUCUCUCAUCCCAAGUCCCAGAGGAGAUUCUGUAUUUUGAGAAGCUGCGUUGCGUGUACAGAUUUUAUUUAUGCAUAAUUUAAUGGGGUCUGUAAAUACGGGUGCACUUCUUAUGACUUUUUGAGAAAUGGGAUUCAACUUUAAUAUUAGCUUUUAAAGGUGACGGGGUAAUCUAAGACACAUCUUUAGGCUUUAUUCAUAUGUACACAGGGUAUUAAGAGUUAAGAGGAUCCUGAGCGCUGUUCUCGACUCUGGAAGACUCUACUUUAAUUGAAGCUGUCUGUUCACAAAGCAAUAACUUUGUCUUAUUCCUGUUGGGCUGACCCCGAAGAUGAGUGUGAAGUACAGUGUGUGUGGGUGAAAACGGAGUUUUGGAAUUGAACUCCUUGCCUGUAAA